GGCGUUGUCGGACAGCUAUGAGCUCUCCACAGACCUUCAGGACAAAAAGGUGGAGAUGCUGGAGCGGAAAUAUGGGGGCUAUUUCCUAAGCCGGAGAGCAGCCCGCACCAUCCAGACAGCCUUCCGCCAGUACCGGAUGAACAAGAAGUUUGAGCGCCUGCGCAGUUCGGCAUCCGAGAGCCGCAUGUCGCGGCGGAUCAUCCUGUCCAACAUGCGGAUGCAGUACUCCUUCGAGGAGUACGACAAGGCCCAGAACGCCCCUUACUUCGAAGGCAAGCCGGCCUCGCUAGAUGAGGGGACCAUGGCCACUGCUCGCCCCCACCCGCUGGACCGGGGCCUACCCUACGGCGGCUCCUGCCGGGCCGGCUUGGACGGCAACUCUCUGCAUUCCUCUUCUGGAGGGUUCUGCAAUGACAUCACGGAGCUGGAGGACUCCUUCUCUAAGCAGGUAAAAUCUUUGGCAGAAUCCAUUGACGAAGCUCUGAACUGCCACCCGCUGGGGCAGGAGGGAGGGCCGGGCGGCCCCUCUUUGGAGAAGAGCGAGUCCAAGGAGCAGCAAGGGGACAGCGCGGCCACUUCUUUCAGUGACGUGACGCUGUACCUGGACGAGGGGGGUCCCACAUCGCCCCUCUCGCUAGAGCGCCCACCCAGUACCGAGCCGCCCGAGUCAGGCGGAGGAGUGCCCAUUCCACCACCCCCUCGGCCGGAGUACUGGGGUGGGCCCCAGCGGGAGGAUAGCCGGGAGAACGGGGGCAGCAGCCGGCGCAGCACGCCUUGUAUGGAAUGCCGGGACUUCCGCCUGCGCGCUGCCCACCUCCCUUUGCUCACCAUCGAGCCUCCCAGCGACAGCUCGGUGGACCUAAGCGACCGCUCUGACCGGGGCUCUCUGAACCGGGGCCUCAUGUACGAGCAAGACGGCUGCAGCCCCCACAGCACCCUCAAGCACCCCGGUGGGCCCGCCCGUUCCCCUCACCCACACCGGCAUUAUCACCCCGAACCAAACCAGCCCCCCCCACCUCUGAACUCUGACGGCGACAACGACAGCCUCAACAGCACCACCAACUCCAACGAGACCAUCAACUGCAGCUCGGGCUCCUCCUCGCGGGACAGCCUCCGGGACCCUCCCCCGCCCGCCCCUGCCACCACCUCAGCCCCUGGCGGGCCCUGCAAACAGACCUACCAGCGAGAGACGCGGCACAGCUGGGACUCGCCUGCCUUCAACAACGACAUCGUGCAGCGGCGCCAGUACCGCAUCGGCUUGAACCUCUUCAACAAGAAACCGGAGAAAGGGAUCCAGUACUUGAUCGAGAGGGGCUUCCUGUCGGACACGCCCGUCGGCGUGGCGCGCUUCAUCCUGGAGCGGAAGGGACUGAGCCGGCAGAUGAUCGGCGAAUUCCUCGGCAACCGGCAAAAGCAGUUCAACCGGGACGUCCUCGACUGCGUGGUGGAUGAGAUGGACUUCUCCGGCAUGGACUUGGAUGACGCUUUGCGGAAGUUCCAGUCCCAUAUCCGGGUCCAAGGUGAAGCGCAGAAGGUGGAGCGGCUCAUAGAGGCCUUCAGCCAGCGCUAUUGUGUCUGCAAUGCGCCCUUGGUGCGUCAGUUCCGGAACCCGGACACCAUCUUCAUCCUGGCUUUCGCCAUCAUUCUCCUGAACACCGACAUGUACAGCCCCAGCGUCAAGGCGGAGAGGAAGAUGAAGCUGGACGACUUCAUCAAGAACUUGCGAGGGGUGGAUAACGGAGAGGACAUCCCCCGCGACCUGUUGGUUGGGAUCUACCAGCGGAUCCAGAGCCGGGAGUUGCGCACCAACGACGACCACGUCUCUCAGGUCCAAGCAGUCGAGCGAAUGAUUGUGGGCAAAAAGCCGGUCCUCUCACUGCCCCACAGGCGCCUGGUUUGCUGCUGCCAGCUCUACGAGGUCCCGGAUCCAAACAGGCCCCAGAGGCUUGGGGUGCACCAAAGGGAGGUCUUCCUCUUCAACGACCUGUUAGUGGUCACAAAGAUAUUCCAGAAGAAGAAGAUCCUCGUGACCUACAGUUUCCGCCAGAGCUUCCCUCUCGUCGAGAUGCAGCUGCAGCUCUUCCAGAAUUCCUAUUACCAAUUUGGGAUCAAGCUGCUCUCAGCCGUCCCUGGUGGGGAAAGGAAAGUCUUGAUCAUCUUCAACGCCCCCAGUCUGCAGGACCGGCUACGGUUCACCAGCGACCUCCGGGAAUCCAUCGCUGAAGUCCAAGAGAUGGAGAAGUAUCGUGUGGAAUCGGAGCUGGAAAAGCAGAAAGGGGUGAUGCGCCCCAACGCCUCCCCUUCCUCCGGGCCCAAGGACACGGUGAACGGGACGCUGACCCGGAGCAGCCUGGAAGAUGCCUACACCAUGGGGGAAGGCCUGAAACGCGGCGCCCUCAGCAGCUCCCUCCGGGACCUCUCUGACGCUGGCAAGCGGGGCCGCCGUAACAGCGUGGGAUCCUUGGACAGCACCAUUGAAGGGUCUAUUAUUAGCAGCCCACGGCCCCACCAGAGAGUGCCCCCGCCGCCGCCGCCUCCUCCCGAGGAGUACAAGCCCCGGCCCCCCUCCAACUCCUCGUCCUUCCUGGGAUCCCUCUUUGGCAGCAAGCGUGGGAAGGGGCCCUUCCAGAUGCCCCCCGGCCAGGCCUCGGCCUCCUCCUCCUCCGCCUCGUCCUCCCAC